AUGUCCGUGCCACGCCCAGCACUCCCCCCAGGCGCUAAUCGCAUCCUAUUCGUAAAAAAUCUCAACUACCAAAUCACCGGGGAGGAUUUAUAUGAUUUGUUCGGACGCUAUGGUACAAUUCGACAAAUACGGAUAGGGAAUGAACAAAAACGAAGGGCACGGCGUUCGUUGUAUUUGAUGAUGUUAUGGAUGUGCGCUAAGAAUGCUCUUGAUCAUCUGAACGGAUUUCAUCUCCAAGAACGUUACAUCGUUGUACUCUACCAUAUGCCGGCUAAGCAAGACGCCGCGGCGGCAAAAGCUGACCUUGCUCGGAGAGAAGAGGAACUGGCUCAACUCAAGAAAAAACAUAACAUUGGGGAUGAUUGA